GCUGUCGUUGGUAUUCGGUUUCAUACACGUGGAGGGGCUGGCGGCAGUUGUCUCAGUUUACUUACUUUAAUCAGAGGUCGUUCUCACUACUAGUACACGUCUGUACUUGCCGACAUUCUCCAUAUAUCGUCCACCAUUGCGACUUAUACCAGUUACUGAAUCAAGGAUGUUCAUUAUCAGAGUUCCUAACAACUGACAUUAAAACGAAGCGUGAUGUAAUACAAUAGUCUCACCCAAAGGUGAGAGUCUGCUGUAAUUAUAAAAAUACCUAUAAUAGAAGCAAUUACAUAAAGUGACAGCGGCAAAGAUGUAUAAAAAAGCCUACUAGUCCAUUUGUAUUUUAUUCUCUUCUCGAGGUCCGGUCUGGUCCGUCCGUGGACAAUCGAACACCUGUCACCAGAACAGAUUUCACCAUGAAAAUAUUUUACAUCCUUUGCGCUUGCGCAGUUGUGUCUGCCGCCCCUAACCCCGGUGUUACCAAAGAACAGCUGCACGACUAUCCAGAAUUGACGGCUUUGUUGGCGAAGCAGACUGGAGCGCAUCAUGUGGACAAGCGUUUGAGUUUUGGUGGUGUAUACAACGUUGUUCGUUCAGUUGUUCAAGAAACUGGUUCUGCAGUCGGUCAGGCUGCUAAGUCAACAGCCGACGUGGUGGGCAAAGCAGCUGAUGGUGUUGUAGGUGGCGUAGAUUCAGUGGCCAAUGAUCUUCGUAAAGUAGAGGAUACUGUUGUAGAUGCCAUACAGUCAGCAGCCAAUAAUCUUAGUAAAGAAGAGGUUACUGAUGCAUAUUCCGCAGUGUCAGCAAACAAUAUAUUUAAUGAAAUGGCUGAUACUUUUGUAGAUGGCGCAGAGUCAGUGGCCAAUGAUUUUGCUGAUACAGCUAAAGCUGUUGUAGAUGGCGUAGAGUCAGGAGCCAAAAAUCUUGCUAAAGAUGUUGAAGCUGUUGUAGAUGGCGUAGAGUCAGAAGGCAAACAUCUUGCUAAAGAUGUUGAAGAUGUUUUAGAUGGCGUAAAGUCAGGAGUCAAAAAUCUUGCUAAAGAUGUUGAAGAUGUUUUAGAUGGCGUAGAGUCAUUAGUCAAAAAUCUUGCUAAAGAUGUUGUAGAUGGCGUAGGGUCAGGAGCCAAUAAUAUUGCUAAAGAUGUUGUAGAUGUUUUAGAUGGCGUAGAGUCAGGAGUCAAAAAUCUUGCUAAAGAUGUUGUAGAUGUUGUAGAUGGCGUAGAGUCAGGAGCCAAACAUCUUUCUAAAGAUGUUGUAGAUGUUUUAGAUGGCGUAGAGUCAGGAGUCAAAAAUCUUGCUAAAGCUGUUGUAGAUGGCGUAGAGUCAGGAGUCAAAAAUCUUGCUAAAGAUGUUGAAGUUGUUUUAGAUGACGUAGAAUCAGGAGUCAAAAAUCUUGCUAAAGAUGUUGUAGAUGGCGUAGAGUCAGGAGCCAAUAAUCUUGCUAAAGAUGUUGUAGGUGGCGUAGAGUCAGGAGUCAAAAAUCUUGGUAACGCAGGUCAAUCAGUUGUAGGUGGUUUCGGGGGAGAAGUCGAAAAUGUUGGUCAAGCGGUUACUUCUGACAGCCUGGAAGAAGCCCUUCAGAACCUGGGUGAGGCGGCGGAAUCUGCUGCAGGAGGUGUUGUGGACGGAGUCAAAGCGAAGGACUGAAGCUGUGUUAAACAGGUUGCAAUCAGUCCAAUCUUCAUAUCUGCUGAUGUCGAGAGACAGUACGGAUUUCUCCUCACAUUCAAAGUUUCUCCCCAAGAAUUUAAAGACCCAAAGUGCUACUCGUAGUCACUUUUUCUUUAAACUCAGAACUUCUGAAUGUUUUAAUUAAUUCAAAUUCCAACACAGAGAAAAGAGUAAAGAAUCUGAAAACAG